GGGAUUGAGAGAAGCUUUCAAAGUGGAAAAUGAAAAAAAAGCAUAUCGUUCUUAGAAAUUGUGGAAUUUGACUCAGUUAGAGCUAUGGUUUAGCAUCAAGAGGGAAGUUUUGUAAAAGCAACAGGAAGAAUUGCUCAGAUACCCGUGAGCGUAUAUAACUUGGGUCGUGUUAUAAAUGCUCUGGCUAAACCUAUUGAUGGGAGAGGCGAAAUUGUAGCUUCCGAAUCUCGCUUAAUUGAAUCUCCUGCUCCAAGUAGAAUUUCCAGGCGUUCCGUAUACGAACCUCUUCAAACAGGGCUUAUUGCUAUCGAUUCGAUGAUCCCUAUAGGGCGCGGUCAGCGAGAGUUCAUUAUUGGGGACAGACAGACUGGCAAAACAGCAGUAGCCACAGAUACAAUUCUCAAUCAAAAAGGGCAAGGUGUAAUAUGUGUUUAUGUAGCUAUCGGUCAAAGAGCAUCCUCCGUAGCUCAAGUAGUAACUACUUUCCAUGAGGAGGGGGCCAUGGAAUACACUAUUGUAGUAGCUGAAAUGGCGGAUUCACCUGCUACAUUACAAUACCUCGCUCCUUAUACGGGAGCAGCCCUGGCUGAGUAUUUUAUGUACCGCGAACGGCAUACUUUAAUAAUUUAUGAUGAUCUCUCCAAACAGGCACAAGCUUAUCGCCAAAUGUCCCUUCUAUUAAGAAGACCUCCCGGCCGUGAGGCUUAUCCAGGGGAUGUUUUUUAUUUGCAUUCACGCCUUUUAGAAAGAGCCGCUAAAUUAAAUUCUCUUUUAGGCGAAGGAAGUAUGACCGCUUUACCAAUAGUUGAGACUCAAUCUGGAGACGUUUCCGCCUAUAUUCCUACUAAUGUAAUCUCCAUUACAGAUGGACAAAUAUUCUUAUCUGCGGAUCUAUUCCAUGCCAGAAUUCGACCCGCUAUUAAUGUGGGUAUUUCUGUUUCCAGAGUAGGAUCCGCGGCUCAAAUUAAAGCCAUGAAACAAGUAGCUGGCAAAUCUAGAUUGGAACUAGCUCAAUUCGCAGAGUGACAAGCCUAUUAUUCGCCUCUGCUCUCGAUAAAACAAGUCAGAAUCAAUUGGCAAGGGGUCGACGAUUAAGGGAAUUGCUUAAACAAUCCCAGGCAAAUCCUCUCCCAGUGGAAGAGCAGAUAGCUACUAUUUAUACCGGAACAAGAGGAUAUCUUGAUUCGUUAGAAAUUGAACAGGUAAAAA